UAGAUUAGAUUAGAAGAAAAGUUAGGGUGAAGGAAGACGCGUGCGUGGAUAAUAUAGAGAAUAGUAAUGUAAUGGCAGAGCAAAGUGGUGCAGAGUUGAUUGAUCGAUGAUUGAUGAUGGUUCGGGCGUCGGUGAAGGUGGGUUCCGCCAAGUUCGUAGUGAUCUGCGUGGGGCUUUUGGGCUUCGCUCUCGUCGCCGACUUUCUAUGGGCCUCUACCUCUUCCACUCUUCCCACCUCCACCAAACCCUCCGCAUUUGUGGUUCCCUCCAACCACAAUAAGAAGAAAUAUGAGAAUGCCACUGCUUCUGGAAGAUUCCUUGCCGCGGCUUACGCCGAUUUGGAUGCGCCGCAGCUCAAGUGGCAAAAGAUGGCUCCUGCUCCCGUCCCUCGCCUUGACGGAGCCGCUAUUCAGAUUCGGGAUCUCCUCUUUGUUUUCGCCGGCUACGGCACCAUCGAUUUCGUUCAUUCUCAUGUUGAUGUAUAUAAUUUUACUGACAAUACUUGGGGAGGAAGAUUCGACAUGCCGAAAGAGAUGGCGCACUCGCAUUUGGGAAUGGUGACCGAUGGAAGAUACAUCUAUGUGGUGACUGGACAGUAUGGCCCGCAAUGCAGAGGUCCUACUGCUCAUAACUUUGUGCUCGACACUCAAACUAGGAAAUGGCGGGAUCUACCUCCUUUGCCGGUACCUAGAUAUGCACCAGCAACUCAACUUUGGAGGGGUAGACUUCAUGUGAUGGGUGGCAGUAAGGAGAAUCGACAUACACCUGGAUUAGAACACUGGAGUCUUGCUGUGAAGGAUGGAAAAGCUUUAGAAAAUGAGUGGAGGAGUGAGAUACCCAUUCCCCGUGGAGGACCUCACAGGGCUUGUGUUGUGGUUGAUGAUCGUCUUUAUGUUCUUGGUGGUCAAGAAGGAGAUUUUAUGGCCAAACCUGGGUCACCUAUUUUCAAGUGCUCACGCAGACAAGAGGUGGUUUAUACUGAUGUUUACAUGUUGGAUGAUGAUAUGAAGUGGAAAACGCUGCCUCCAAUGCCAAAAGCAAACUCACAUAUUGAAUUUGCUUGGGCGCUUGUAAAUAACUCCAUUGUCAUUGUUGGAGGCACAACAGAGAAGCACCCUAUAACCAAGAAGAUGGUUUUAAACGGAGAAGUAGUCCAGUUUAACUUGAAUACUUUGAAGUGGUCAGUGAUUGGAAAAUUACCAUACCGGGUGAAAACCACUCUAGUUGGAUUUUGGAAUGGAUGGUUGUAUUUCACUUCAGGACAGAGAGACAAGGGACCUGAUGAUCCAUCACCAAAAAAGGUCAUUGGGGAGAUGUGGAGAACAAAAUUAAAAUUGAAUGAGUGAGCAAUUGCUGUAGAAGCGUCUUUCUCCGGAAGCAGAGGUGAAGAGGCCAAAAUAUUGCACAUUCUUUGUCAGUACAAUAUUCAUUGUUGUAAUUCACUGAGAAUGACUGUAAUUUAAUUCGACAUUAACAGUUGUCACCGACUCUUGUAUUUCUUUACCAAUCGGCUUUUGUAUUUCUUUCCCCACAUAUUCUUAGCUUUUAGGUAUCCAUCUAUUCAAGUAAAUAUUGACAGAUGAACUUCGUUUAUGUUAAUUGUAAUUCUUAUAGGCUUAUUAUUAAAGAGAAGAAUAUGACAUAUGUUCAUUCUACUUGGAUCA